AUGACUACUAACAUCGAAGACUCUGCAGAAUUCCGGCAGCACAUCCACACUUUACUUCGUGAUUAUUCCAAGGCUCAUUACACGACUGACUACAUAUCUUUUACUGAAGAUCUGGUCGCUGAGUUCAUCGAGAACCUAAGACCAGUCCCACUGACCGACCGUUACUCGCUCACACUUGCCGUCGAUCCAUUUGACACCUUCGCUCAGAAGAAUUCAAUCCAUUCGCUGCCUCCAUAUGAUGAAAAUCCUCAGACAAGUGCAGACGCUGUCGCGUAUCUCAAACGCAUCAUGAACACGAAGAGAGGUCGACCGAAGACCGAGAGAAUUGUCUUCGAUGACAACUAUGGUCACGAUAUCCCGGAAGAGCCCCUUUUUCCUGCUUUGACGCGAAAAUCGCGUCGACAAACACCUAAACUCGGCCAGAAGAAAAAUGGCGGGCCUCGUACUUUGAAGGACAUUUUGGAAGUGCAAAAGAUCAGUACGGUCGAAGUGGAGCCGGUGCAGGAGCCGGUGGUGGCAGUUGAAGACGUUUUGCAGUUGAAACACCAAAUAGACCCGCAAGAGUUGCCUACUGUCAAAGCUCUUCUUCAAGCCACAACGGAUGCGUUGCGCCUUCAGAAGUCGUGCAAAAACAAGUACCUAGACCCUACCUUUCUCAGGAACGAUUUCCUCUCCGAUCCUAUCCCGUUUCCAGAAGAGGAGUUCUUUAUGCCUAUCUUUCCAAGAGUGCCAGUCAAGACGGGCAAGGCUUGCGAGAAACCGGCAUUCGCACCUUCAUGUUUUAAGGACCUAAUCGACAAGCCUUCUAUUGCGCUGAAGAAGACAGCCGUAGAAGAUCCUGAUGGCGACAUUUCGUUGCAAAAUUUAAUGGUCACUGUUGAUGGAUGGGAAACCAUCAAGUCUUCGCCUCCUUCGACGCCGUCGUCUACAAAUAGUGACGAAGAUCAGGUUGAUCAAUUGUGCCUGCCUUCAACUCCUCAGACCGAGCCUACUCUUGCUGAAGAGAUGGAAAAAGCAAAAAUGGACGAAAUCCUCAUUCCUCGAUCAUCAAAAAUUGGAGGUAAGGACGGAGUGGCGCCGCAUAUUCUCCAUGGCCAAACUCUGGGUUCCUUCCUCAAACCCUUCCUACCUCCAUUGACCUCGAAGGAAGAGACGAAGGAGGAUGCAGAGCGGCAUUCUUCUCCGGUACCUUCGUCCAUGCUAGGCCAACCGCCCUCUACAAUGCUCGACAACGACAUGGACGAUCCUCGGCCCAAAAAAUCCGACGACAACGACGACCUUGAAUCCGACCUUAUGAAACUUUAUGAAGGCCGCACUCUCGAUAACUUCAUCCUCAACGAAACGCUAGAUGACAAGCAAAGUCUUUUGAUGGAAGUCCCUGAUUUACCCCCUCCCAACGUCCAUCCGCCGAAUGCAAUGCAUGUCCCAAGAGCAUUCACGGAUUUCCUCAUUCCCCCGGUUUGCAAGAAGGACAAGAAAGCCCAACCACAGGUUGAUUUACCCCCUCAUCAGUUCCUGAAGAAAGUGAAAGGUCUCCAAUCGCUUGGGCUUUCACUGUCUUGGGUCGCUUUCACGGUCGACAAGAAGCUUCCCACUGUGCUCGAGAUCGUUGAUGUCAUGGACCUUUUCCCAGAAUCACAGCAGUUGGAAGAGGGUAAUCUCAGCCCGGAGUCGGAUUACGCCUAUGCAAUGAAGCUCCUUCAGUCCAUGGAUCUGGUUGAUCGACCAAAUGAUGACACCGUGCCCAUGUUCGUCAAGUUCAAAGAUGAGCAGGACACUGCGCCGCCACCGUAUACAUCCGAUGAUGAUUUCAAGAUUCUCUUGAAUAGGCAAGAGAGGCGUAGGCUUGCGCAAAUGGAAGGACGGGCUCAUGAAUAUGAAGAAGAGGGUGGCGAUGUCGAGGCUGGUUUGGAAAACCAAGGACAUGACAGUGGCAAGAGCCUCAACCUUGACCGCAACUUGGUGCGGCAUGAAAGAUCUGCAGAUGAAGAGAACAUGUUAGAGGAAGGCGGACCACAACGCAAACGCCUGAAACUCGAUGUUCCAGACGAAGACGAAACUCGACCCCGUGGUUCGUAUGCCCGAGCCUUUGCAGAGGAUUCGGGCAUAUUCUUCGGAAGUGGGUCGCCUGGCCUCGAGAUACAAUAUGACGAGGAUGACAAAGAGAAUUUGCCGCCUUUUUCAUCGUCAUUGAUUUCCGCACCUAUGGACGAAAGUUCGGACUUCUACGUGCAAGACAACGGACACCGUUUCGACAUCCAGCUCGUCAGCUAUGACGAUGACCGAAGUCCGCAAAAUGAGAGCUUCGAGCCCCUUUCAUUUGGCUCUCGUCCUGUCCCUUCAACUAGUCUGGCUUCCCUGCCUGGCCGAUAUGAUCCUUGGGAGGAAGACUUGCGAUGCGACGAAGAACUUGAAUACGUCUCACCGCCUACUCCGUCGCCGAGACCACAGCCCGACCCAAGACAGCAAGGAAUCUCCUCACCGGAACCUCUUUCUCUGCUUCCAGCCUUCCCUGAACUCGAGAUCACCUCCCAUUCACUGGGUAUCGCAGCAUUCGCCCAGCUACGUGCUCGCAAGGUUUCUGUAUCCAAAGCACCAAUCAACGCAGAACCAUCACCUCAUCGUCAACCUUUGGAAACCUCUGACCAACCAGUGCGCCCGCCAACAGAGAUUUUCGAUGCUGACACUGUCUGUCUUCCUGACACGAUUUCUGUUCCAAAUUCUCUCCAUUUCUACAUGGUGUCUCUCGAGCUCAUCCAAAAGCAAGCUGUCGUUCGCGCCCUCAAGUCGAAUAUAUGCGCCGUCGAAGUAGUCGAGCGCGAAACUCUAGGCGGGGUUGACCUCAUCGUGGACCCGAACUGUGCCGUCCUCUUCUUAUCUCUGUUUACCCUUCCGGCGAGAUGCGAAGCCUAUGUGGAGAAAGUAGCCCAACAGUCCUGGAAAUUUGGGAAAUUGCUUGUCAUAUUCGAGGCGUACCCAGAGCAGAGGUCCAGGCGAUCGCGAGAUAGCAGGAAGACAGUUGCAGAUGACCCUGCCUCCGGCCUGAAACUAGGCUGCACACCCGACUUGAAUGCAUAUACCGCACCGAUCCUGAAGGCGAUCAAGAAAUUUAGGCGGGACGUCAGCAUCGCUGAGGCUUGUGGGACGAAGCGGCCUGAGACUGCUGUUCAGUACGCCUUCGCCAACACAGUAGAUGAGGCUGCGUUGUUGACGCGAUGGUAUGGUGAUUCGGCGGAGGCGACUGACGAAACGCAGGGUGCAAUCUGGGGUCAGAGAACGUGGUUGAUGCAAGACUAUUUGGAGGAUGAGGAGACGAAUCUUGCCACAAUCGACGGGCUAAAUCAUUUUUCGGCAUCUAUAGUCUUGUGCCAAGUGUCUCUUGAAGACUUUCUGAACAUGCCGCCCGAGCAAAGGGCCGAUGUUUUCGUCGGCUUCAUUGGUCUUGAAGCUAUGACGCGGUGCAAUGUGGACCUAGAAGCACGCAUUGCUGCUGUUCAUAGUUCAUCAACCCUUUCAUCCGGAUAG